UGUAAACUUGGCAAUGUUCAACACACGUUCUAAUGGCUGCUUGCUGACACAUUCGCCGUUAGGGAAAUUAGUAGGGAAAUUUUCGAUUUUUUGAUAAUUUACCUGACUGUCAUAAAACUUAUCCGAGAUGCCGGUUGCUGACAAUGAAGUGAAAUCCAGCUGGGCUGAUGAUGUUGAGGAUAUCGAUGGACUCGGUUUACCUCCAAACACGGAAGAAUACAAAAAUGGAUUGAAAAUUAUCACAGAAUAUGGCCUUGAUGAUGAUAAUAGAAAGUUUAAAGUGGUUCGCACUUAUAAAAUAGAAAAGAGGUAUGUGGCCAAAGCCAUUGCGCAGCGAAAAAGUUGGCCAAAGUUUGGUCUUUCUAAAGAGGAUAAGCCUGGUCCAAAUCCUGCAACCACAAUCGUGUCAGAAGAUGUGUCAAUGCAGUUUAUCACAAAUAAAGAAGAUCCUGAUAAUAAAGAAGAUGAUCCUCUUAUGAAGCUGAAAAGCAUGCAAAAAGGUGUUGUUAAGUGCCGUAUUUGUAAAGAGGACCAUUGGACAACACAGUGUCCUUACAAGGACACCCUUUUACCUGUCCAAGAAGCACUCAAUAAGGCUGAAGAAAAGAAAGUUGGUCCUCCACCGGCUGCAGCUGCAGCGGGAGGUCCUCAAGCUAAAGGUGGUAAAGAAGGAAGCGCAUAUGUUGCGCCUGCUCUCCGUGAUGGAGGCAACAGAAAGGGAGAAACCAUGGCAAUGGGACGACGAACUGACGAAGGCUGCACUGUUCGAGUAACCAAUCUUUCCGAAAACGCACGUGAUUCCGAUCUUAAUGAUUUGUUCGGUAAGAUUGGCGAAAUCUCACGCAUUUUCCUCUCGAAGGACAAAAAUACCGGGCAAUCUAGAGGCUUCGCCUUCGUCAGUUACAAACGAAAAGAGGACGCCGAGCGAGCCAUCAAGACCCUCAACGGUUUCGGUUACGAUCAUCUUAUCCUGACUGUCGAAUGGUCAAAGCCAUCAGGAACACAAUGAAAAAAAUUCUAGAAUUCCUUUCCAAAAAUUGGAUAUUUCAAUCAUUUAAAGGGUUAAAGAAAAAUACACGCAAAUGGAUUCCGA